CCACAACCGAACCCCCUUUCCUUCGUUCGUCUCUCUAUAAUAAAAUCUCUUGAGAUUUUUGCAAAAUUCGUCACUUCAAUUUCAAUUUUCAGAUCUCAAACUUUUUUUCUCUUUUCCGAUUCCAAUCUUCUCUCGUCUGCUUUCCUCAAAGGUUUUUUCAUCACUUUAUGCUUCACAAGCGAGCUAGUGAAGCUAACGAUAAGAACGAUAAUAGCAUCAUCGGUUCCGAUUUAGCAUCAUCUAAGAAACGCCGUAUCGAUAUCACUGAUUCUUCUUCGUCUGAUAAUAAGUCUUCGAUUGUUGCUUCUGGUAGUAGUAGUAGUAGUAGCGGAUUUCACGGCGAUAGCGUCGCUCACCAAAUCGACAUGGCUUUUGGUAAUUCGAACCGUCAGGAGAUUGAUGAAGAUCUGCAUAGUCGGCAGCUCGCCGUCUAUGGUCGUGAGACUAUGAGGCGUCUCUUUGCUUCCAAUGUUCUCAUCUCGGGGAUGCACGGUCUUGGUGCCGAGAUUGGUAUGUAUAUCGUAUGCGUUGUUAUUAGAAGCUGUGAUUGUUGGAAUUCUUCAACCUUAGCAUUCCAGGCACUUGAUCAUUUUAAAGCUGAAGCUGGCAGAUUUCCUGUUGCUGGCUCAGAAGAGGACGCUCAGAAGCUUAUAUCGAUUGCCACAGCCAUCAAUACCGGGCAGGGUGAUUUAAAGGUGGAGAAUGUUGACCAGAAGCUUCUACGACACUUUUCCUUUGGAGCCAAGGCUGUCCUGAAUCCCAUGGCUGCAAUGUUUGGCGGUAUUGUUGGACAGGAGGUUGUUAAAGCUUGCUCUGGAAAAUUUCAUCCUCUCUUCCAGUUUUUCUACUUUGAUUCAGUGGAGUCACUACCCACUGAACCUCUGGACUCGAGUGACUUUGCACCAAGAAACAGCCGGUAUGAUGCCCAAAUAUCUGUAUUUGGGGCCAAGUUCCAGAAGAAACUUGAAGAUGCUAAAGUUUUCACAGUAGGGUCUGGUGCUCUUGGCUGUGAGUUCUUGAAAAAUAUGGCUCUGAUGGGGGUUUCUUGUGGAAGCCAAGGGAAGCUGACAGUGACAGAUGAUGAUAUAAUUGAGAAGAGUAACCUCAGUCGUCAAUUUCUGUUCCGUGACUGGAACAUCGGACAGGCUAAAUCCACAGUUGCUGCUUCGGCUGCUGCUGCUAUAAAUCCCCGCUUCAACAUUGAGGCCCUGCAAAACCGUGUUGGCGCUGAGACUGAGAAUGUAUUUGAUGAUGCCUUCUGGGAGAACUUAACUGUUGUCGUCAAUGCACUGGAUAAUGUCAAUGCGAGGCUCUAUGUUGAUUCGAGGUGCUUGUAUUUCCAGAAGCCUCUCCUUGAGUCUGGAACUCUUGGUGCAAAGUGCAACACACAGAUGGUUAUCCCACAUCUAACUGAAAAUUACGGUGCCUCAAGGGACCCACCAGAGAAACAAGCCCCCAUGUGUACAGUGCAUUCGUUUCCGCAUAACAUUGAUCACUGUUUAACUUGGGCUCGCUCUGAGUUUGAGGGUCUGCUGGAGAAGACUCCCGCUGAAGUGAACGCAUAUCUCUCUAGCCCAGUUGAGUACACUAACUCAAUGAUGAGUGCUGGUGAUGCUCAGGCGAGGGACACAUUGGAGAGGAUUCUUGAGUGCCUUGACAAGGAGAAGUGUGAGACCUUCCAAGACUGCUUAACCUGGGCUCGAUUGAGGUAUUAUCACUCUCUUAAUAGUUACGUUUAGAUAGUCUAGUCGUAA